AUGCGCUUAGAUGAAUAUGGAAUCGCAUUGAAACAUUUAGAAACUGCCAGAAAACUUGCUAUGGAGAUUGGACUCGAUGAUGAGCAUCCACAAGUGAUUGAAAUUAAAGCUCAAAUAACUAGUAUUACAGAACAAACACUAACAUCGUCAAUUUCUAAACACGAAAUUGAUAAAUGUGAAUCCUUAACUCAAUAAUUUCGAGACAUAAACAUGAAUUUUAUCACAUAAGAUUAUUAACACAUUCGAAGCGAUGUGGCCCAUCGGUAGACGACGCUGUUUUGUAAGAAGAAACUGUAUAGAACAGUAUUUUCUUUUGUUGUGGGUGUGGGUGUGGGUGAGGGGGGGGGGGGGGG